CGUCAAUAAUUCGUUUGACAUCGGCCUAUUUGGCACUUCGCCGUAUAUUCCCUCGAAUCGAACCAAAUAAAAAUGAUCUGUUCGAAGUGGGCUCAUUUUUGCUGCAAACACUCGACGGUUUUGUGCUCAUUUUGAAUUCAGUCGGUAAAAUGAUGUAUGUAUCGGAGACGGCAUCGGUCCAUCUUGGGCUAUCACAAGUUGAGUUGAUUGGUUCAUCGAUAUUCGAGUUCUUGCAUCGAGACGACGAAAGUGAACUGAGAAGUAUGCUUGAAUGUGCUGACUCAAGACGGAUGAACACGUUGGUACCGUAUACCGAAGAAAUUGAGCGAAUGUUUUUUGUGCGAUUGCGAUGUGUGUUACCAAAACGAAACGCUGGAAUCACAUAUAAUGGCUAUAAAACGAUCAGCUGUUGGGGUUAUUCGAAGAUGUAUCACGGAUAUCUGAGUAGCACAAAUCUCGGUUUGAUCGCUGUUGGAUAUAUGUUGAGCAGGAGUGGUGUCACAGAAAUUAAGCUAUCGCCAUCGGUGUUUAUGUUCAGAGCACGACUCGAUUUGAACAUUAUCUUCAUCGACUCAAGAAUAACCGCAUUGACUGGUUUUGCUGCAUCGUCUUUGCUUGAUCUAUCGCUGUAUCAUAUUGUUUUGCUAGAAGAUGCCCAUAUUAUCGAGAGAGCUCAUCGAAUACGUACGUACACUUGA